GCCCCAUUUACCCCCGGAUGCGAUAGACAGACUCUGUGUUGUAUCAGUCUGUUCGCUUCAGAUCAGUCUUUAGUUUAUCUUUCAGGAUGCGCUGUCAUUGUAUUUGCGCAGUUGUGUUGAAAUAACAGCAAAUGUUAUAGAUUAGUAACGUUAUAGGCUUUCCGUGUGUGUAAAAUAGUCACUAUUUUAUGGAUUUAACACCAAAUUUAACGUUUGGUGUUGAUCUUUUGCUAAAUAAUGAAAAUAAGCACGCGUUUACCUGAUCUGAAAUGAACCUGUCUUAUAUCUUCAGUUAUCAUUUCAGUGUCAUGUUAGCCGAACUGCUAACAGCUCGAGACAAACACUGACAGGCCUAUAAAAAUGUCACUUUCUCACAGACAAUACUUAUUUGUUAUAUAUACUACAUGAAAAAGGACAUUCCGUGUGUUCAUGUCGACAUUAGUGUUGUGUUAAUGUAUUUAUUAUCGCUGUUAUUUUUCUGUCAUUGGAGUUUGUUGAUAUUAUGUAGCUGACAGGCUAACCGGCUAACGGCACGUCAAUGCUAACAUGAACUGUAAAAUGUUCGUGUUCUUUUAUGGAAAUAAUUAAAGGUUUAGACUUAACGUUUGUUAUUGAAAUAAUGUUGUUGGUUUAGGAUAUUUUGACAUCUUUAACUCACUCGUAAGGCAAAAUUACACUUUAAAUGGAAGAAUUUUAAAUGACUGCUGAAGAUACAAUCAGACCUUAAUAAAAUGCCUUCAAGGACAUGAAACACCACAGUAACCUGUGUGUGUGAACGAGUCUGUGAUGGAAAGAUGCACAUGGCUGAAUAAUGUUGACGUUUGAGACCAUCUACAAUAGGAUGUUUUUUAUUUUUGGUUUAUUGUGGCUUAUUUUAGGAACAUUGAACAAUCAGUAAUGUGUUUAUGUCAUUUUUAACAUCAACAUCUGGAUCUGGGUACAAAACACAUUUUGAUGUUAGUUAUUAAAGGUCCAGUUUGAAUAGAUUUGCAUCUGUAUUUGAGCUGUUUCAUGUCAAAUCAGAAAGAAGCACUGAGAUGUUGAAGAAAGCCGAAAUAUUAAUUGCCCUCCGUGAAUAUUUACUAAGUAAUUCAAUAUUUAGAUGGGGUGAAAACACAACAUUUUCGACAAAAAUUUGGAGGGUAAGGCAGAACUGUCACUGUCAUUUGUUUAUGUGUACAAAGAGAUUGAUGGGUCUUUUGGUAGGAAUUUGUUGUCUUUAACAAUCCUUGUUGCAUUUCUUGCCAAUAGUGACCCUUUAAAAAAGAGAACAAUGACGUGGUGUGUUUAUUUCCUAAAGCGCGCAUGAUUUGUAAAAGAAGAAAUAAUAAGUAUAUCUUAAUAUGGGUAACUGACAAACCGCACUUGUGUCGUAUGGUGCGACAGCAAAAAUUUAGAAAAAAGUAACAAUGAAGAUAAAUCUCUCAUGCUAUUUUUAGAUUAUAAAAAUAAAUAUUGGUAACACAAAAUAGUAUAUUAUGAACAGUUUGUUUUCUAAAUAUUUGCUGUCACACCAUAGGACACAUGGUACAGUUUUUUGUCAACUACCCAUAUCGUUUUGGAUUCUGAUUCUCAAUAAACUUGUCUUUUGGUGUCUUAAUUUAUAUGGUACAGUCCAAGAGAUUAAGGAUUUCAAUGUGACUCCAUGUGUAAAUUGUAGAAUUGUAGCCAUUUUCAAUGGUUGACGAUCAAAGUGGGACACUUUGCAUAUAGCUGAUGCUUAUUAUAUUUAAGGAGAAAUUACAGUAAUAUGAUGUAAUCAUUACUUGGAAUAAGUAUUCAGAUGUUCUUGUGUGUUGUGGUGGGGGAGUCAGUGUGAUGUUAAAAUAAGCAUUCUUUUUGAAAUACAAAAUAUAAUUUUGGGCUAAAAUAGGUGUAAAUUCAUUGUUUUAUCUUAAGAACAUUCAUUCAAAAUAUUACUUAAAGGGUAAAGCUUAAUCUCAGUGUAAAACCGUUCAAUCUUGGAUUAUCACAUUUAUUCUUUCUGUCUCCAAAGCUUUCAGCAUCACUUGGUUGUUUCUUCUAUUGUCUGAAGAUGCUUUCUGUAGUAAUUCUGGUUUGGUAGGCCAGAUUUUUCAUUGGCUUGAUGAUGUGUAAUGAUUUCAAAUGUGAUGAUACAUUAUUGUUGUGUAGCUCAUGUUGUCUGGCUUUGAUUUGUAUCAUAAAAUAACCCAACAUGAAACUUUUUUCCCAACCCAGAAUUUAUUUCGCUUAAAAUUAUCCCCAGACAGAUAAGUUUUUAUGAGAACCCUACUUGCUUUUGAGCUUAUGCUACAGUAUAUUCCCCCUCAUGAUGUUUCUCUCCCUUUUAUCUCUUUCCUCUUACCCACAAUCCCCUGUGACGCUGGACCACGGUAAACGUAAAGCCCUCAAGUUGAAUUUUGCCAAUCCACCGAUCAAACCUACUUCCAGAAUUACGCUGAACACGGCCGGACUUCCUUUCCAGAACCCACACAUAGAAAGGCUGCGAACGCACAGCAUCGAGUCGUCCGGGAAGCUGAAGAUCUCUCCGGAGCAACACUGGGACUUCACCGCAGAAGAUCUGAAAGAUCUCGGAGAGAUCGGACGAGGAGCGUAUGGCUCGGUCAACAACAUGGUGCACAAACCUAGCGGACAAAUCAUGGCCGUCAAAAGGAUCAGGUCGACGGUGGACGAGCGAGAACAGAAGCAGCUCUUGAUGGAUCUAGACGUGGUCAUGAGGAGCAGCGACUGUCCCUACAUCGUCCAGUUUUACGGCGCUCUGUUUCGUGAGGGGGACUGCUGGAUAUGCAUGGAGCUCAUGGCUAUCUCCUUCGACAAAUUCUACAAAUACGUGUAUUCCUCUUUAGAUGAAGUGAUUCCAGAGGAGAUUUUAGGAAAAAUAACAUUAGCUACUGUGAAAGCACUUAACCACUUAAAAGAAAACUUGAAGAUUAUUCACAGAGACAUAAAGCCAUCAAAUAUCCUCCUGGACAGGAAAGGCAACAUUAAGUUGUGUGAUUUUGGCAUCAGCGGGCAGCUGGUGGACUCCAUCGCCAAAACCAGAGAUGCAGGCUGCAGACCGUAUAUGGCACCGGAGAGGAUAGACCCCAGUGCUUCCAGACAGGGUUAUGAUGUCCGCUCAGAUGUGUGGAGUUUGGGAAUCACACUGUAUGAGCUGGCCACGGGACGGUUUCCCUACCCGAAGUGGAACAGUGUGUUUGAUCAGCUCACACAGGUGGUGAAGGGCGACCCGCCUCAGCUCAGCAGCUCAGAGGAGAGACAGUUCUCCCCUAAAUUCAUCAACUUUGUCAACCUGUGCCUUACGAAAGACGAAUCAAAAAGGCCAAAGUACAAAGAGCUUUUGAAACAUCCCUUCAUUCAGAUGUACGAGGAGCGUUCGGUAGACGUGGCCAGCUACGUCUGCCUGAUUCUAGAUCAGAUGCCCGCGUCUCCCAGCUCACCGAUGUACGUCGACUGACACGCACACCUGGACGAGAAACGAUUAAAGCUAUAGUGUAAAGAUCCACUCCAUCACAGAACUGCAGUAUUAAACCAUGAAAAAAAACACACCGUCUGCAAAAGAUCGGUGUUCAACUCAAGUUCGACUGUAAGAUACCUCCAACCCAUCUCACACACACACACACACACACACACACACACACACAUCCGUUAAGAGUAAAUAUACUAGUGUCUGAAUGUGGCGGUCUCGUGGUCGGAAUGGCUUUGAUCUUAAAUAUGGAUGCAGAAUAAUGAUUUUAAACAAAUAUAAAAGAAAUGAAAUAAUAUUAAGCCUGGAAUUGUAUUUAUACUUCUGAAAUCACUUGUGGAAUAUAUGAUUUGAAAAAAGCUUUGACAUACUGGAACUCUUAUUUGUGUCUGCUCCCCUCCUCAUAAUGUAUGUGAUGUUAAACGUGUUUUGUAUGUAUAAGAGGUUGGUGCAAGGUGAAUGAUGAAGAGGUGGGCGGGGUUUCUGUAAUGAGGUCAUUUCCUCAAUGAGUAUGUGCCGUUAUAACAAUAAAACUGAGGACGAUGGAAA